AUGGGGGAUAUGCAACGAAAAUACCCUACCUGGCACGGCUACUUUGAAUUCAUCACCACUGUGGCCCCCCCAACAGAGAGUGUCAACUUCUUCAGUGCUCAGCCAUGCGCCCAUCCUUACCUCCAGGACACAAGCGCCUACAAACCCAUUCCAUUCUUCUCUCAGUAUGACAAGGGCGAUACAUCGGACACCUUUUUUAAUGAGACUCUACGUACGGCAAGAACCAUUCCCCACGCCCUUGCAGUUGCGCGGAAGGAGGUCUUGAAUUUGCGUGACAAAGCCGCCGAUGAACGGGUGACUGGGAGCGCUGGCCAGCCAGAUUAUGUGCUCUUCGUGCACCUUGCGUCCGGCCUGAAUGGAUAUAGGGAUACUGUACACGGUGGCGUGUUAGCCUCGCUUCUGGACGAAGCUCUGGGGUGCUGUGUGGAGGGAUUCCGUCAGCAGUUGAAAGCAGGAGAACGGACGGCUCUGUAUACUGCCAACUUGAAUAUAUCAUAUCGCGCGCCCGUGGCAUCCCCAGGUGUGUAUAUAGUCAAGGCCUGGCUCGCGCGUCGGGAUGGGCGAAAGUGGUUCCUUGAGGCACAGGUUGUUGGGGAGGAUGGGAAAAUUCGGGCGGACGUGAAGUCGCUGUGGGUUAGCGAGAAACCUCGGGCAGCAUUGUGA